AUGAAGCCUCAUCUCCAUUCGCUUGUUGCUGUAUUGCUUUGCCUUCCUUUAGUUUGGGGAGACAGCUUUGAUGAUAAGGCCAAUGAGCUUCUCGCAUCCACCAAAGUGCGAGGAUUUGCAGUGGCAAUCAAAGUUCCCGAACAAACCAAUCCAGUGAUUCGAGCCUAUGGAAAGGUCUCGGCUGCUGCAAAUGCUGCUGAUGUUACCACAGAUACAGCUUUCAUGAUGGCUUCUGUCUCCAAGCCCAUCGCAGGAGCAGCAAUCGCCAAAAUGAUCGAUCAACGAUUGAUCACUCUGGACACUGACAUUCGAACCGUCCUUCCUGCUGGAUAUGCGGCAACCAACUAUCAAAACCCACUUCAUACCUCCAAGGCCGUGACCUUUCGGCAUAUUGUGACACAUCGCUCUGGACUUCGGCCUGACAUCCCCGACGUGUUAGGUACCAGGGGACAAGUGUCCCCAAGCUAUGGUCCCACAAAUGGUUACUUGGGGUCUGCUGUGGGCAAUCCUAAUUGCUCCUUGACAGAUGUCAAAGGGUUUUAUCGAGAUUAUAUGGAACAAGGGGCACCUGAUACCACCGUUGGGAGGGCAGAUCUAUCAGUCUACCCCGGAGGUACUUUUGAUUGGUACACCAAUGCCGACGGGGCCAAUGCCUGGUCGAGAAAUGCAUCUGGAGCCAACAGGAACUACUCCAACUUUGCGAUGGGAUACAUUGCUGCUCUGGUAGAGCACAAGACAGGAAUGAACUUUAGUCAUUACUGUGACACAAACUUGUUUGGUCCUUUGGGCAUGACAAACACAAAAUGGCUGCGGGAAGAGUUGCCCAACACAACUCAACAGGCUGUUCCAGUUCGUUCAAAUGGAGAUGGCACGUACUUUGACAUUGGCCACUAUUGCUUCAUUGACUAUACCAGUGGACAGCUUUACACCACCGCCAAUGAUGCUGCCAAGUGGGGGAAUGAAAUGCUCUCCAAGGGUACUACAACACUUUGGUCAUCGGCAACCGCAGCACAAGUGUUUGGCUGCCAGGAGAAAGAUGCAAGUAACACGCAACUAUCUGAGUUUGAUUGUGAAUAUUCCUUAGCUUGGGAGUAUCUGGGAUCUGCCAAGAAAGACAGUCAGAUUGCUGCAAAUACUUGGAUGGCUGCUUUUCAGAACUACAAUUGGACGGACAGUGUUCAGCAUGGGGGUGGGGAACUAGGAGUAACAACUCAGUUUAUCAUCUUUCCAAGUGCAGGGGCCUAUGGUGUGGUCAUGAUAAACUCAGCUGGGGCUGAAAAAGAUGCGGUGGCUGAAGCAGCUGCUAUUAAUAUCCUUGGAGGGCUUUUCCCAGAGGCACCAAAAGUUGAGACACCAGCACCUGCACCUGCUCCUGGUCCUUCCUGCUUCCCCGCUUCCUUGUACACAUCAGUCAUCCAACAAGCAAGCCGCCUUGUGGACUCAGCAUCGUCGGCUUUUUCCGGGUUCUGGGCUUGA